CAUAACAUCGUUAGUUCAUAGUUAAAUGCACUCCUGAACGCCAGAAAUGUGUCUCUCAGCAGUAUCCCUCCAGAAUAAGACCUGUCCAGAAAAUGCCACCAUUUGCAAUGGCACCUCCUGUUUACAGCCCCCUGACAACUUUAAUAUGAUACUUAAUAUAGUAUUAAGUACAGUAAUCACAAUAUUAUUGGCCCUGGUCAUGUUUUCUAUGGGCUGUACAGUUGAAUUUAAAAAAUUUUGGGGUCACAUAAAACGACCAUGGGGUAUAAUAGUCGGCUUCCUCUGCCAGUUUGGAAUAAUGCCACUUGCAGGCUUUAUUCUUUCUCUAUGCUUCAACAUACUUCCAAUUCAAGCUGUGGUAGUCCUGAUCAUGGGAUGCUGCCCUGGAGGAACUAGCUCGAAUAUCUUGGCAUACUGGGCAGAUGGGGACAUGGAUUUAAGUUUAACUAUGACAACUUGUUCCACCCUGCUUGCAUUGGGAAUGAUGCCGCUUUGCUUGUUUGUAUAUACCAAAAAAUGGGUUGAUUCCAAUUCCAUAGUAAUUCCUUAUGACAGCAUAGGAAUUUCAUUGGUAACUCUUGUUGUUCCUGUUGGAUUGGGGAUGUUUGUUAACUAUAAGUGGCCUAAACAAGCAAAGAUAAUUCUGAAGGUUGGCUCUAUAGCAGGAACAAUUCUUAUAGUGAUCAUAGCCGUUAUUGGUGGUGUCCUAUAUAAAGGAUCCUGGGCCAUUGACCCAAAGUUAUGGAUUUUAGGAACAAUAUUUCCUGCAAUUGGUUACUUUUUUGGAUUUGGUCUUGCAUAUAUAUCUAAUCUUUCAUGGCGUCGAUGUCGUACCGUUGCAAUGGAGACUGGUUUACAAAAUACGCAGCUGUGCUCAACCAUAGUGCAGCUCUCCUUUACACCAGAACAGCUUAACUACAUAUUUACUUUUCCACUUAUAUACAGUAUUUUCCAAAUUCUGAUAGCAGCCAUAUUCUUAGGAGGCUACCGGAUAUAUCUAAGAUGUUACAAAAAAAAGUCUGAAGACAAAUCUGAUUCACCUUAUGCAGUGUCAAACGGUGCACUUCAACUUGAUGACAAAGUGGAUAAUUGAGUUGCAUUGUGCUUUUCAAAGCAGAAGACAUUGAACAGUGUACAUAAUGGUGUAAAAGAACAUUGAUGACAGGUGGAUGAACAAGAGUACAUAACUGUAUAAUUAAAAUGGAGGGGGUGACUUACUAUAAUCCUCCAGAUCUAUCAAUGGUUCUGAUUUUAGGAUUAUUCCUGCUGAACAAAGAACAGCAGAAUAUAUUCUGCUAUUUUGGUAGGGAUGCUCUCAAUACUAAUACAUGGACUGUUUGUAGACCUUGACUACUGAAUCUGGGCAACACAUUUUUGAGGUAUAUACCACUUUUCUGUUUGGCAUUGCAUGCUUGUGCACUGUACAGUAUGAUUGUUUUGUGUUCUGCGAGUCUCAAAUGCAUUGCAUGUGUGGUAUUGCCAAAUUUAAGGCACCUGAAAAAAUAAAAUCAGAACACUAUGUAAAAAACAAAAGAAAACAUAUUCAUAUUAAAGCUACACUUUAAUGCAAGUCCAAAUUAUAGUCCACAGACCUGGAAGGUUUUAUACAACAAAGACUCCUGUGUUUGGCAGAACUGACCCCCACCUGAUUGUUUAUGGCAUGUAACAGUGUCGCAAGUAGUUCGGAAAGAGAUUCAAGAUUAGAUUCUGGUGCUGCUCCUCCCACUUUGCAAUGUACAGUUACAUAGCUCAUCUCAGCUUCUCCACUACCUUCUCUCUCACUUCAAGCACCAGGCUGGUCACAAACUGCCACGAUUCAGAUAGAACAUGCAAAUUUUAACAGACUUUUCAAUUUACUUCUUAACAAAUGUAGUUCUUUCUCUUGGUAUUCUUUGUUGAAAAGCAUACCUAGGUAGUCUGAGCUGUAAUGCCUUACUGUGAGCUAGCCAGUGAUGGCUGCCUACACACAUAUGCCUUUUGUCAUUGGCUCUACAGAUGUAUUCAGCUAGGUCACAGUAAUGCAUUGUUGAAAAGCAUACCUAGGUAGGCUAAGACGCUGUAAUUCCUUACUGGAGCUAUGUGUUUAAACAUUUGCAAGCAUUAAGCUCAUAGUUACAUAUCCAAGCAAUAAUAAAAUGCUUUAACAGAGUAUUUUCUUUUUUGUCAUUAAACACAUAGGACACUAUGGGCUAGAUUUAUCAAAGUCAUUCUCCUACAAUCACGCUCAA